AUGAAGACGAUUACCUUUAUUUACAUCUUUACUUUAUUUUUCUUUAGUAGCUAUGCUAUCAUUCCUAAACAAUGUAUGGAAAUUGUCAAUGAAGUAAAAAAAUAUGCUCCUCAAGUAAAAAGUUGGAUGAUCCAAGAUUUUUGUACUCAAUGUGGAAAACCUAUUCCUUAUUCCAAAGCAAAACCGUUCAUAGAAAGUGCUACAAAUGAACUUGCCGGAACGAUUAUUCCGUAUGUUAGAAGUAGAGCUCCCAAAUUACCAAAAGAUAUAACACCCCAAUGGGUAGUACAUGUUUCAUCAGCUAUUGGAGAUGCGUUUUCCCAUCACAAAGACAUGUGUAAAUUUGAUAUGAAUAAUCCACAACAUAAAAAAGAGAUAGAAAAAGCUAAGCAAAUAGCUAUUAACAAAGCAAUGCCUAAAGCAAUGGGGUUACUACCUAUGGCUGGUGAAUGUAAAAAACUUGUAGGUAUUCCAAAAUUGAUAAUGAAUGAUAUACCAAAAGGAAUAUCUAGAGGACCACCAAUCAAUAUAAGAAGUUUAAUUCAAAAAUAUUCUCAACAAUUAUGCAAAAGUCUAUAA